GAGAGGGUCCCCUCAAUAUGGUUCCACUCCAGAGGCAUAGGAAGAUAGCAUCCGACCCAUUACCAGAAGAAGCCGCCACCACCACCACCACCACCGCCCCCACCAACUUCUUUGAAAGCUACCUUACAUCGACUUCUCCAGAAGAAGAUGUUGUUAUAUCCUUCGCGCCUUCGGCAUCAUGCUCUUCCGCGGCUGCCGCUGCUGCUGCUGCUGCUGCUGCUUCUUCUUCUUCUUCAACUGCCGCCGACGACUUCUACGGCGUUUUUGUUCGUAGGCAGAGUUGCGUCCCAAGAGGCUGCUUCAGGAUGUCGACAGCGUCGUCACUGAGCCCGAAGAACUUGUUCUCGUCGUUCAUGGCGCAGUAUGGCGGCGGCGGCGGCGGCGGGGGUGCUGUGGUUCCCGUUGUAUCCGACACGAGAAAGAGGAGUGCAAGCAUGCAACAAAGAAGGCUUGAGCUUGAAGAGGAGGUUGCUCAGCUUCAGAAAAUACUCGAAGACGAGAAGAAGGUGCACGAUAUUCUGCAGCACGCGUUGCUUCCGCAUUCUACGCGCUUCACACUUCAAAUCCCUGACUUUGUUCCGCAGGAGGCGAAAAAAACACUAGCAGAGCUCAUGGUGGUGGAAGAAGAGAUAGCGCGGCUUGAAAGUGAAAUAAGAAUUACUCAAGAAGGCCUGCGCAACGUCCGCGAAACUCGAUUGCAAGCAGCUAUGAAGCUAAAUGACUUCAAGCAUCUGAACACCUCGGCGAUGAAUUUAACUCGAGAUCGUAAUUUCCGAGAAAUGCAGGGUAAGAUAGUGCAGGAAACAAAGUCUAUGUUCUUCAUAAGCCAAGCCAUGAAAGGAGAGUAUUUGCAUCAUCAAUUGAGUGAUGAAAGAGGUAGUAGAAACUUCGUUAAGGUGCAUGAUAAGAAGGAAAGAUCAGCUGUACUUGAACCUAAAGAGAGGAUUCCGAGGAAAAGCGGAGUGCUACCGAAGACAUCUUCACCGAAGUUGCCUCUGAAACAACCGACAAAUAAACCACUGGAAUCUGAUGCAGAAAAGCUGCUGAAGAUCUUUCAGGAACCUUCCAGCAUUGCAAGCUCAAGGGAAAAGGAGUACCAAAAGAUCCAACCAAACAAGUUAUCCGAGAAAAUCAUGAAGUGCCUGAUUUGCGUCUUCUUAAGGUUAAUAAGAACGUCGCGAGUAGCUGAGCUCGAGAAAUCGAGCAAUUUGGCAAGAUCUACAACAUCUUUUCUGAAAUCUGGAAGCUUCAGAAUGGACAGCAGUGUGAAUCUAACCGCAAGCCUUUCGAUUCAAAAGGAGAAAGGCCAGCGAGAUCCUUACGGAAUUUUCGAAAUUGAGGACUCUCUUCUACGAGAUAUCGGUCCUUACAAAAAUCUUGUUAGAUUCGCUUCGAAUUCAUUCGAAACGAAGUGCAUUUCUACUUCUUUUCCCCUGCUAAAUAAGUUAAGGGACAUGAUGAAUUCUUUACAUCAAGUGGAUUUAAGAUUUUUGACACACCCUCAAAAGUUGGCAUUUUGGAUCAACAUGUACAACAUCUGCAUCAUGCAUGGCUUUCUACAACAUGGUUUUCCCGCAAAUUCGGAAAAAAGACUCGAAUUGCGAACUAAGGCGGUUCUCAACAUCGGAGGCAAUAAACUUAACGCUGCAGCGAUCGAGCAUUUCAUACUGAGACAACCAUUAAAACUGAAAGAACAGGAAUUUUGGAAAGGUGACAAGGAAAAUCAAGAAGAAACAGUGCGAAAUAUUUACGGAUUGGAACAUCAAGAACCAAACAUUGCAUUUGCCUUGUGCAGUGGAAGUAGAUCUUCUCCAGCUAUGAGGAUAUACACAGGUGAUGGUGUUACAAGGGAGUUGGAAAAAUCAAAGUUGGAGUAUUUACAAGCUUCAUUAGUGGUAACUUCCACAGGGAAAUUGAUGAUCCCAAGCCUCAUACAUUCCAAUAUGAGUGAGUUUGCAAGUGACUUGGACUCAUUGAUGGAUUGGAUAAUAAACCAACUUCCUACAUCUUGGUCUUUGAGGAAAUCCAUGGUUGAGUGCUUGAAGAGCCAAACCCAGAUUAAGAUAAAUGAAGUUGUUGGUGUAAUUCCAUUUGAUAAUGAUUUCCAAUAUCUUUUACCCAUGUGAGUAAAAAUUUUGUGUGUUUGUUGAUCAUGAUAUGAUAAGAGAGAGAAAUUUGUGGGCUUUGUGUAAUGUAUGGAUUUUGCUUUUUUCUUCUUUGGAAGUGGAGCUUGUGAUGAUUGAAUGUUACUCCAAUUUUAAGGUAUCCAUGUAUUUCACUAAUACAUAAAAGUUCCAUUCCCUUUUA